UUCUUUUGGAUUUUAGAUGUUCAAACAAUGAAGAUCAACCAGACAAUCCUGAAGGAAUUCACUCUUGUUGGCUUUUCUGUUUACCCACAGGUACAGACGUUCCUCUUUGUGGUUUUCUUUGGCCUCUACCUUCUCACCCUCACAGGUAACCUAGCCAUCAUGGGUCUAACUUGGGUAGACAGAUCCCUCCACACCCCCAUGUACCUCUUCCUUAGUGCACUCUCUUUCUCUGAGACCUGCUACACAUUGUCCAUUAUCCCCAGGAUGCUGACAGAUCUCCUGGCCAAGAACAGAAGCAUUUCAGUCAUAGGAUGUAGCUUGCAGAUGUGUUUCUUCUUGGCACUUGGUGCCACUAAUUGUGUCAUACUCACUGUGAUGGGAUAUGACCGCUUCCUGGCCAUCUGCAACCCCCUCAGGUAUCCAUUGCUUAUGACCAGCAUGGUAUGUGGACAACUGGUGGCCUCUGCUUGGGCUGUAGGAUUUUUCAUAUCUGUAAUAGAGACCGCACUGAUAUUCAGGGGCUCUUUCUGCAGCCCCAACCUGGUCAAACACUUCUUCUGUCAUAUGCGGGCAGUUGUGAGGCUGUCCUGUCUACACAGUGACCUCACAGAAUUCACUGUUACACUGAUCUCAGUGUCAGGCCUGAUGGGCACCUUCCUGCUCAUCGUCCUCACUUACGUCUUCAUUCUUUCCACUGUCUUGAGGAUCCCUUCAGCUGAGGGCAAGCAGAAGGCAUUUUCUACCUGUGCCUCCCACCUCACGGUGGUCAUCGUCCACUUCGGCUUUGCAUCUAUUGUUUAUCUGAAGCCAGAAGCAUCGGGGGGAGAUGACACACUCAUAGCAGUCCCUUACACUGUCAUUACUCCUUUCCUCAGCCCUCUCAUAUUCAGCCUCAGGAAUAAGGACAUGAAGGGUGCUUUUAGAAAGGUACUUGGAAAGACAAGUUCCUUGGAUAAAACAUCUUGA